UAUCUUACACUAUAGUGAAAAUGAAUAGUUAAAAGUGAAUCAACUCUUUCCGACCGUCCCCUUAAAAAGAGACAAAGUCGCUCACUUUCAGCUACAUUUUCGCUACAUUGUAAGAUACAGAAUUGAAACCACCAGACUGGACCUUUUGCGCCUAAUAUUUUCCGUGUAUAUUUCGCCCCUGGCUUUUGCGUAAAUUGGCACAUUUUCUAUUUACUUGAUUGUUAUCGACAGUCAUGUCUUACUAUAAUUUAUUAGAAAUAAAACAAGUGAUUUCUUUUAAAGGGCUUAUUGAAUAUAAUUAAUAGACAGCGGAGAGAGAGAAAGGAAAGGGAGAGAGAAAGAGAAAGCCCGUCUCAGUUGUAUACAUUGGAUGGUUACUGUGUCCUCUAGGAUAUGUAAGGGAGGACAUGCCUGUUCUCCUCCAAAGGAGUGCUGUAACUUCGGCUGUUGUUACAGUCUUUUAUUGACACCAAUGCAUCCUCAAGUUUCAGAAAUGUUCAAUAUCUUGAUAUGGACCUACUGGUAUUUCUGGGUAGCGGUACUCGCGGCCUUAGCUAUAGCCGCAACAUGCGGCUUUUGGUUGUGGAAGCGCCGCCGUUCAGCAUUGUCAGACGAUAGCACGUCCUCCACGGGGACUUCCACAGGACCGUGGUAUCCACCACCUCAUUAUAGCCGAUGUAGUUCCUUCGUCCAGGCAUUACCACCACCGUACAACGAGGUGACUGCAAAACCAGAUCUCUACCCCCUAGUAAUUGGUUACGACGAUAGUUCGGGCAAAGGCACAUCUGGUUUUGUGAUGCGCUACUUCAGAUCGUUGUCACACGCUAGUACAUUGGAUUCGCUGAGCUCCAGUUUCAUGUGCAAUAUGGUGAACGAAGCGAACACCAUUAUUCCACCACCGUACUCCUGUAACAACAGCGUCGACGAACUGUCGGCGAUGGACUGUGAGAGAAGAGAGACGGGCGACAUCGGCUCUAUCGUCUCCUUGACAAAUCACAGAACAACUUCUGACAUAUCAAGCCUUGGUGCUCAAUCGCCUUGUUCACCGCCGAGGGCUACUAGUCCGACGAUAGAAUUGCGGGAAUUAUUGGAUAAGAUACAACAACUUCCUCAUUUGUCCAACGGACAUUCCACCACCAUGCAUUGCCAACAGAAUCAAGCCCCGAUUUUGUACGUAACAAGUAGCGAUGGUACUACUCAACAACGGCCUUUAAGUCCCAGCGACGUCGGUUCGUACAAAAUCAGAAAGACCAGGGGCAAGCUGUACAUGCCAUUGGGGCUGCCGAAUUCGCGAAGCAAAACGAAGCGAUGGCUGUCGCGCUCCGCGCCAACAACGCCCUCCGGCACGAUACCAAUGUCCUUCUUGCCGGGACAGAGCAGGAGGCCUUCGGAGGCCGACAACAACAACCAGCAGGCGGUGCCGUUGCUUUACGAGCAAGAUGAAAACGAGAACAACAAUGCGGAUCAACUGUCGUCGAUUGUUCCAUUGCUCGUUGAACAAGAGGAAGAACGACAAUCGACAUGACACGGUGUCUAAACCGUGCGUACCAUUUAAUACUCGACAUCGCAAUGACUUCGCGUAAGGAUUGCCGAUAUCCACACACACACACACACAAAACACACACACACGCACAACUACACGUAUGUACACAGAUUUAAAUAUUUUUUAAUAUAUGCUCUGAUACAUUCAUCAUGUAUGCCGUAUCAUAAAAUUAUACACAUGCGGGAUCUGUGUAGAUGCAUUUAUAUAUAAACCUAAACUUUAUUUACGUUU